AUGUGGAAGGACGAUUUGCCCAAGCCCCCCGUCGGGAGCUUCGAGAACUGUGUUAGGUGCCAGAAGCAGUUCACCGUGACGAAGUAUACGCUCCCUGCGAACCCUCCUCCAGGCUAUCUCUGUCAUCCAUGCGCCAAGUCAUCUGGCAGCGAUCCGUUCAAGAAGCCCGCCGCGCCGAAGAAGCGCAAACCUGCGGGUGACAAACGGACUGUCACCAAUUUCGACGAGCGUCGACUUCCCAGUCUAGCUGCAGUUUGCAUCCAGGUUAUCAGUAAGCACAUUGACGACGUCGAAGCCUUGGGCGACAUCGGUUCCAUGAACAUGGACGAAAUAUCGAAGGCGUUGGCGAAGAAUAGGAGCCUAAAUGAAGAGAAUGCGCCUCUGUUCUACAGCAUCGAGAACGAACGGCUGAUUAUGUACGAUGUUACCAAGCUCACACCACCCGCGCUGUGCACUCUUGCGUCCCUGAACCCGAGUUUGCGAAACUUGCGACUGGACUUCUGCGGCCAUAUGGACGAUACCGUGGCCAGCGCGUGGGCUGCCGCCCUGCCAAACCUUAGGAGAGUCGAGCUUCUCGGUCCCUUCCUUGUUCGUGCAAACGGCUGGCAAACAUUCUUCCGUGCCCACCCCGAUCUUGAGGGCUUCCUCAUCACCCAGAGCCCUCGCUUCGACAUCGACUGCAUGCGUGUCCUCGUGGAAAGCUGCCCGAAACUCCGUGAGCUGCGUCUCAAGGAAGUCGGGAAGCUUUCAGACGAGUUCCUUGUGGAGCUCAAGCCGCUCGGCGGCCAGCUCACGCACCUCGACCUCUCGUACCCCGGUCGCAGCGAUGCGCUCAGUGAGUCCGCCCUCAUCGAGCUCAUGAGCCACGUCGGAUCUGCACUGGAACAUCUCGACCUCUCCGGACACGCCGCCGUUGGUGACGCUGUGCUGUUCCGCGGACUGAAGCCACAUGCGCGCGCGCUUAAGGCUCUCACACUCGCGGACUGCCUCGAGGUUACCGACGCUGGUGUCGCCGAGUUCUUUGAGAGCUGGCAGGGCGGUACCCGGCUCUCGACCCUCAACCUCUCGCGUAACCCCGAUCUGAAGGACGCUGCUCUGAAGGCGCUUCUUACGCACUCGGGCGAGGAACUCGUGGAGUUAAAUAUCAAUGGGUGGAAGGAUGUAUCCGAAGACGCGCUGAAGGGUGUGUCGCAGAAGGCACCGAAGCUGCGCAAGCUGGACGUGGGGUUCUGCAGAGAGGUGGACGACUUCUUCGUCAAGGACGUGCUAGAUCGGUGCCCCGACAUCAAGGAGAUCAAGGUCUGGGCGUGUCAGCGAGUAACGGAGGUCUGUAAGCGAAAGAGGGGGGUAAAUAUCUUGGGGAUCGAGAUGGCGCCGAUUCACUAG